CUAGUGACGUGAAUUGUGCGCCGGACGCUGCCCAUGAUACAGGGAUUUGUGGAACAAUUUACCAGGUGAUCGAGGAAACGGGAAGAAGACAUUGCAAGCACCAUGAUCACCUCGGCGGCGGGUAUUCUUUCCCUUCUUGAUGAAGAUGAACCUCAACUCAAGGAGUUUGCCUUGCACAAGUUGAAUUCCGUUGUCAAUGAUUUUUGGGCAGAGAUAUCUGAAUCUGUGGAUAAAAUAGAGGUGCUUUAUGAAGAUGAGAGUUUCAGAAGCAGGCAGUUUGCUGCCCUUGUUGCAUCCAAAGUGUUCUAUCACCUUGGGGCUUUUGAAGAAUCCCUUAACUAUGCUCUGGGUGCUGGAGAUCUGUUUAAUGUCAAUGACAAUUCUGAGUAUGUGGAGACUAUUAUAGCAAAAUGCAUUGACCAUUACACCAAGCAGUGUGUCGAGAAUGCUGAUCUCGCAGAAGGAGAGAAGAAACCUAUAGAUGAACGCUUAGAAGGGAUUGUUAACAAAAUGUUCCAGCGCUGCCUUGAUGAUCACAAAUACAAACAGGCCAUUGGUAUUGCAUUAGAAACUCGUCGACUGGAUGUCUUUCAGAAAACCAUUUUAGAAUCGAAUGAUGUUCCUGGAAUGCUUGCAUACAGCUUAAAGGUCUGCAUGUCAUUAAUGCAGAACAAACAGUUUAGAAAUAAAGUCCUAAGGGUCUUGGUGCAGAUCUACAUGAACCUGGAGAAGCCUGACUUUAUCAAUGUGUGCCAGUGCCUCAUUUUCCUAGAUGACCCCCAAGCUGUUAGUGAUAUACUGGAAAAGCUGGUGAAGGAGGAGAACCUGCUCAUGGCUUACCAGAUAUGCUUUGACUUAUAUGAGAGUGCUAGUCAACAGUUCCUGUCUUCAGUCAUACAGAAUCUUCGUACAGUUGGAGCCCCUAUUCCUUCAGUUCCAGGUUCUACCAACACUGGCACAGUUCCCAGUGUUGCCAAAGAAAGUGAACCAAUGGAAACGGAGGACAAAGCUGGCAGCACAGCAGGCAGCAAAUCAACUGAUGCGAGUCCAGAGCCUAAAGACCAGAUUUCAAAAAUGAUAAAAAUCUUGAGUGGAGAGAUGGCUAUAGAGCUAAACUUGCAAUUCUUGAUACGGAACAACAACACAGACUUAAUGAUCCUAAAGAACACCAAGGAUGCUGUGAGGAAUUCUGUGUGUCAUACGGCUACUGUAAUAGCAAAUUCUUUUAUGCAUUGUGGCACCACCAGCGACCAGUUCCUCAGAGAUAAUUUAGAAUGGUUAGCAAGAGCCACAAAUUGGGCAAAAUUCACAGCAACAGCUAGUCUGGGAGUUAUCCACAAGGGACAUGAAAAGGAGGCACUACAGCUUAUGGCUACUUAUUUGCCGAAGGACACAUCACCUGGUUCCGCGUACCAGGAAGGGGGAGGCUUGUAUGCUUUGGGACUUAUUCAUGCCAACCAUGGAGGUGACAUAAUAGACUAUCUACUUAACCAAUUAAAGAAUGCAAGCAAUGAUAUUGUCCGGCACGGUGGCUGUCUAGGGUUGGGCUUGGCAGCAAUGGGCACUGCACGCCAAGAUGUCUAUGAUCUUCUCAAAACAAACUUGUACCAGGAUGAUGCAGUGACAGGGGAGGCUGCGGGCCUGGCACUUGGCUUGGUGAUGCUUGGGUCUAAGAAUGCCCAGGCCAUUGAAGACAUGGUUGGAUAUGCUCAGGAGACACAACAUGAAAAAAUCCUACGAGGGCUUGCUGUAGGCAUUGCCCUGGUUAUGUAUGGCCGUAUGGAGGAGGCUGAUGCUCUGAUUGAGAGUCUUUGCAGGGACAAGGACCCAAUCUUGCGUCGCUCUGGCAUGUACACAGUAGCUAUGGCAUAUUGUGGAUCAGGAAAUAAUAAAGCUAUUCGUCGCUUGCUCCAUGUUGCUGUCAGUGAUGUAAAUGAUGAUGUAAGGAGGGCAGCUGUGGAGUCUCUUGGCUUCAUUCUGUUCAGAACACCUGAACAAUGCCCAAGUGUAGUAUCAUUGCUGUCUGAAAGCUACAAUCCUCAUGUGCGGUAUGGAGCAGCCAUGGCUUUGGGUAUCUGCUGCUCUGGUACUGGCAAUAAGGAAGCCAUUAACCUACUUGAACCAAUGACAAAUGACCCAGUGAAUUAUGUGCGUCAAGGUGCGCUGAUCUCCUCUGCUUUGAUCAUGAUUCAGCAGACAGAAGUUACUUGUCCAAAGGUUAGCCAGUUUCGACAGUUGUAUUCCAAAGUGAUUAAUGACAAGCACGAUGAUGUCAUGGCAAAGUUUGGCGCUAUACUGGCUCAAGGAAUCCUUGAUGCAGGUGGACACAAUGUUACCAUUUCACUGCAGUCUCGCACUGGCCACACUCACAUGCCAUCAGUGGUAGGAGUUUUGGUGUUCACUCAGUUCUGGUUUUGGUUCCCCCUUUCGCACUUCCUUUCUUUAUCUUUUACUCCAACCUCUGUCAUCGGCCUGAAUAAAGACCUAAAGAUGCCUAAAGUUCAGUACAGGUCAAAUUGCAAGCCCUCGACAUUUGCCUACCCAGCUCCUCUUGAGGUACCCAAAGAAAAAGAAAAGGAGAAGGUAUCCACUGCCGUCCUGUCCAUAACAGCUAAAGCAAAGAAGAAGGAGAAAGAAAAGGAAAAGAAAGAGGAGGAAAAAAUGGAAGUGGAUGAAACCGAGAAAAAAGAAGAGAAAAAGAAGGAGCCAGAGCCAAACUUUCAGUUACUGGAAAACCCAGCUCGGGUAAUGCCAGCUCAGCUCAAAGUUCUUACUAUGCCAGAGAGCUCCCGUUACCAACCUUUUAAGCCUCUAUCGAAUGGCGGUAUAAUAAUCCUUAGAGACACUAGUGAGGAGGAAGAACAGUUGGUGGAACCUGUUGCUGCUCAUGGUCCUAAAAUCGAAGAGGAAGAGCAGGAACCAGAGCCUCCAGAACCAUUUGAAUACAUUGAUGACUAAAAGCUUCUUGUGGAUUAAUGUAUGGUGAUAGAAUAAGUGCCACCACCAGGAACACCUUCAGGGCUGCAUGUUGACUGUCAUGCUGUUCUGUUCUACUCCUAAUAUAGAGGAGCCGUGGAUCCAAUGUUACUGUCUGGAGUGCUCGGUUUUCAAAUAAAAUUCAGAAAACUA